AUGACCACCGUAGACAGUUUUAAAUCAUCAAUCGUCAGCUUUAACAACCAAUGGUUGUUAGUAGAAACUACUACCACAAAACAAAAACUUGCUACCCCUACUAAAGGAAUCUCUUUGAACAAUGCAACUACAAAUUUAGAAAUAUCAUCUUCAAUCAAUUGCAUUAAUUAAGAUAAAAUGGAAAUAUACCAUAAUGUCGUUCUAAAUGGAUGGCUUGUUCAAACAGUUUCAGUAUUUAAACCUUAGAAUCCCAUAGCAGCUACUUAAACACAAACUGCUACCUCUUCUACUUCAUAAUAAUAAUUAAACAAUCCUAAGUAAACUAAAAUAUCUUCAAAUAACAGGCAAUCUUCCUUGGCAGAAAGUCCUAAGAGUACAGAGUUUGGUAGCGGAGAAGAAGAAAUUGAAGAGGAAGAUGCGGAAGAUGAUGAAAUAAUUGAUGAAAAUAAUUAAUAUGAUCCUGAGGCAGAUGAUGACUACUAAGAGGAAGAAGCCCACAAUGUAGAAGAAGAAAGCUCCCCACAAUAACAAAUAACAUCAAGUGAUUAGCUUCUUUAUUCCUUCAUAAAAAAAAUACCUAUAAACGUAAAUGAAAAUAAACCAGAAAGCAGGAUAGAUAAUGCCAACAAUAAAACAAAAUCUCCCAAAAAAUUCAAUUCAGAAGUUUCUGCUUUCUCAACAAGAAGCACAACUAAUAACUCAGAAAGCAACUACUCUAUUUCAAAAGCUAAUAAAAGUUUAAUAAAUUAAAUGGUACCUGCAUUUUCAUGCGAUAACAUCAUAGAAGAUUAAGACAAAAAGAAGAGAGUAAAAAAAACUUCAAUACUCACAGACGACUCUUAGAAUGAAACAACAAGGUAGAGCUUUGAAGCUGAGGAAAGUCUAAUGAACUCAAAUUGCGGUUCCUCCACUAAGAACAGCGGCGAUAUGCUGAUUGAAGACUAGAUCUCUUGCUCAGCAAUUCCCGAUAAAGAUGCUAAGGUUCCUCUUAAUAAUGUUAAAAAUAAUUAUUUCAUCACAAUUCCAGGAAAUAGCAGUCCAAUUAAAGCAAUAGGAGAAGAUGACACAAAUAAACAUUAAAUUAUUUAAUUAAACAAUAAUCCUUUGAAUGGUUAAGCUUCCCCACUCCGUAAUGCUUCAUAGAGCUUAGAAACAGCUAUCAUGAUGCAACUCAACAAUGGUCAUGAUUCUAACAACGAAAUGCUCUAAAACAGCAGUUGUAGUUAAAAUGAAGAUUCAUCUAACUUCUCGAUUGAAACAGAUAAAAUCUACAACUAGCUGAUUAACCGUAAAAGAAAUAUUGUGAAGAAAGCAAUAGCGAAAUCCUCUAAUAACAUUGAUAAAUCUUUAUGCAAUAUAUCUUCAUCCAAUUUGCAAAGCACAUCUAAUAACAAUAGCGCUAAGCCUCGUAAAUCUUCCUACUUAAAUUCAAUAAAAUUAGCAUCUUCUCCAAGCCUAACAAAUCUUAACUACAAGCGCGACAGAAAAAAUUUAGUUAAGAACUUUAUAAAGGCUUUCAGAGGAUUCAUCAAUAAUCCUUCAGAUGAGCCUGAAGUAUUGGUUGUUCUGAAAGAAGCAAUAUCUGAAUCCUCUUAAAUAAUGUCAGAACUGAACAGUAUUAGGAAGAAUUUUGAGAAAUUUAUCUCAAAAAAGAAUUACAAUAAUACUUUAAUGGUUGAAUUGAUAUAGAAUUAAGAAUUUAAUGUACUUUUUAGCUAUUUCUUAAAAGAAAAAGCCCAAGAGUGGAUAUACAGUUCAAAGAUCAAGGAUAAGCUCUCUCAUGAAGAAGCUUUAAAUCAUUAUCUUCUUUCAUUAAAAGAUUCAAAGGCUUUAGCAAAAGUUCGUUGCUUGAAAUAUCGCUCAGCCACAAACAUAGAAGAUUCAUAAAUUUCGCCAAUGAACAGUAAGUAAGGUUCUGGUGAAUAAUUUGCUGGUUUUAAUUGA